CUGGAACCCGCCCGGCUCCUCGCCAUUUAUAGCGGGCGGGAGGAGCCAGGAGCCGGCCCGAUUUCCGCCGCUGGUGUCCCCCGCCCCCGGGUGACAUCCCGGCCACGGCAGCAGCGGGACGGGCGCUGGGGCUGGUGCCCAUCCAAGACCUCUCCUCUCCACCCGUGCCUUGCGUUGAGCCUGCCCAGCGAGAGGGACAUGUCCUGACCUCAGCCCCUUGAGAUGGCAGCUAUCGAGACCUUCAGCGCCACCCACCCCGGUGACCCCCAGCCCGGGGACCUGAUCGAGAUCUUCCGGCCAGCUUACCAGCACUGGGCCCUCUACCUGGGGGACGGGUACAUCAUCAAUGUGACACCCGUAGAUGAAGGGCCCCCAGCCACCUUCUCCAGCGCCAAGUCAGUGUUCAGCAGAAAGGCCCGGGUGAGGAUGCAGCUCCUGAAGGACGUGGUGGGAAAUGACACCUACCACAUCAACAACAAGUACGAUGGCACCUAUGCUCCCCUGCCGGUGGAGGAGAUCAUCAGGCGUGCUGAGUACUUCAUCGACCAGGAGGUGUCCUAUGAUGUGCUCGGCAGCAACUGUGAGCACUUCGUGACCCUGCUCCGCUACGGUGAGGGGGUCUCAGACCAGGCCAAACGAGCCAUCAGUGCUAUUGGGUUUGUAACAGCUGCUGCUGGUGCCUUCUCCUUGCUGGGCUUGCUCCGGAGCAGAUCCAGAGAGAGACAGUACUGAUGGGACAAGCUGGGAGCAGGACAGGGAGCCCCCGGCCGGGAUGGGACCCAGGACAGUUUGUGGCCACAGCUGCCCCUGAGACUUACUAACCAGCGUGUCGCCCUUGCUGAGAGCAGCACUAGCCUGUUUGCUACAUCUGCUUUUGUUCCAUUGCCUGUGAUGAUUUUUGUGGUAGUCUGGGAGCACUUGGAAGCAAAUUCUCCAUCCUCACAGCCCCGGUGCUCUGCUGAAGGCUGGUGCAGGUUUUCUGCACACAUCCUGUUUCUUAUCCACUACAUCCCGUGGGCUCUUUCUGCGAAUAACCUAUUUUAACCUGUGUGAAGAAACAUUUUUACUUCUAUGCUACUUUUGGUUAAAAAAAAAAAAAAGUAUUGCUAAGAGUUUAUUGUGUGUCGUCCAGCUGAGAGCCUGUGCAAGUGGGAAACCCCAGGUUGCCAGGGUAGAAGGGCAGACAGGGCACAGGCUGUGUGUCGGAGCCUUUUGCCUGCUGUGUCUAAACUGAGCUGCUCCUGCGAGGGCGAGAUGCAGGCAGGAAAGGCAGGUCUUACAGGCUGAAUUCCUCAGUGUUUUAAAUGAGGGCCCUGUUUUUGGCAUGACAUUGUUUUGCUCAGUUUUCUCCUGCUGCAAAUCGUCCCUUUCCCUGGCUUCUCUGACCCCCUUUGGGAGCAGCAGAACCCCAGUCUAGGGGGAUCUGACGAAAACCCAGCUGUUUGUUCCAGGUUGGGACUGCUGUGCCACUGAAAUCUCCCUCUUCAUCCCUCUAAGUGCAGUAAUUGUUGCUAUUGGACCUGACCAAGCUUACUAGAUCAUCUUUAAGGUCCCUUCCAACCCAUCCAUUUUAUGAUUCAGCUCCUUGGGCUGCCAAAGCACUGGGGUUUAAAGAAAGACCACCAUGGAUUGCAAGGGCAGGCAGGAGCCUUUACCCCCUGUGGCUCGGGCCAUCAGCUCUUCAGUGACCAGAAGUUGAGUUUAAGCAGUUUGUAGACCCAGCACGAGAUUGAUCUUCCUCCAGCCAGGGUCCCUGCAGUGCUGUGGGGAACAUGCCUGGAGAAUGAGCUGUGCAGCGCCCAUGCCCCAUCUCCAAUUCUAUGGAGCCCCACUAUUUUCUUGUCACAAAACUGACACAUGCCUUGUCCUAGAAGAAAAGAGUUUUGGAAAAGUGUGGUUUAUUACUCUCUACCAGGAACGGUUGGCUUGCAUAUUUGGAAUCACAUGUAAGAAAUUAAAAUCUGUGUUGCUUUCACCACAGGCAACUGCCUGGACUGUAAGAAGAGAUGAGAGCAAAAGAGCCGUCUGUAAGAGGCUUGCUAUUUUUGUCUGCUCUUAACAUGUACAUAACGGGAUCAGAAGCUUUUUUUAAACAUCAGUUGUUUCAAUGUUUGAAAUAACAAAGCCAAGACUUCUGGUCAUAGUCUGUAAUGCCCUCUGUUAUUACAUUUGAAUAAAUUUCUUCUUUUUUAACAUGGAAAAAUGUAUUAUAAUAAAACAGAACCUGAAACUC